AUGGGUCACAUAAAUAGUUUAACAUUGUAUGAUUAUUUAUUAAUCAUUUGCAUUCUAUUAUUUAUAAUAUUUAUUUAUAAAUGGAUUUUAUUACCAUGUAAUAUAAUUGAAGAUCUAACAGAUGUAGGAUAUGAUGGUGGUAUAUUUAAUAAAAAUAAUAAAAAUUAUUAUAAAUUAAAUAAAAAUAAAGUAAAACGUUCAUUUUAUUUACAACAAUUAUCAGCUAAUAGAAAGAUUGGUUCAAUACCGCCUGUUUAUCCAAAUGGUUGGUAUGCAUUGUUGGAAUCAACUGACUUAAGUAAAGGUCAAGUACAAUAUGUAGCAGCUUUAGAUGAAAACUUUGCAGUAAUUCGUGAUCAUAAUAAUAAAGUAACAAUCUUAAAUGCAUAUUGUCCACAUUUGGGUGCAAACAUUGCUAUUGGUGGGGUCAUUCGUAACACUAGUACCAAUAACAAUUGUAUUGAAUGUCCAUUCCAUGGAUGGCGUUUUGAUACAACCACUGGUCAAUGUGUAUCAAUACCAUAUACAGAUAAAGUACCAGAUAAAAUGAAUAUAAAAAGAUGGCAUUGCAUUGAAGUAAAUAAUUUAAUUUAUGUUUGGUAUCAUAUUGAUAAUAUUGAACCAACAUAUUACAUUGAAUCAAAUGUUAAUAUUAAUAGUGGAAGCGAUGGUAAUGCUGGUUGGUAUUAUCGUGGUAGAAAUCAAUUAAAAGUAAAUUGUCAUAUACAAGAGAUACCAGAGAAUGGAUGUGAUAUUGCACAUUUACAAUCGAUACAUUCAUUACCAGUUAUAAAUGGUUCUAAACAUUUAAUUCUACCAUCAACAACAAAUUUAACAUUUAAUUCAUUACUAUCAUAUAUAUUAUCAUAUUUAAUUCAACAUACAUGGUCAGCUAAAUGGUUUAAACAUCCAGACCCAGCUAAAUCACAUAUAGCUGUCAUUUUAAUUGAACAAGAUUUAAAAUUAUUUAAUAAAAUAUCAUUAUUACCAUUAAAUUUAAUUGUACAUCAAAUUGGACCAUCAUAUGUUGAAUUAUUAAUAAAAAAUAAUUUGCUUGGUUCAAUAUUAAUCACACAAUGUAUAUUACCAGAAGCACCACUAAUACAGAAAGUGAUCCAUCAUGUGUACGCUAGCAAAUGGUAUUUAGCAUGGUUUGCAACAUUAUCAUUGCGUGGUGAGACCAUCAUGUUCAAACGGGAUGUAACCAUCUGGAAUCAUAAACAAUAUCUAAAUCAACCAUAUUUAGUUAAAGGCGAUGGUCCAAUCAUGCAAUAUAGACGUUGGUAUCAACAAUUCUUUACAACAAAUAGUAAAACUUAUCAACAUAUUAUUAAUAAUAAUAAU